AUUUUCUUUCUUUUCCCUCUCUUUCUUUUCUCUCUUUUGAUUUGAUAUCUUUUAGAGCAAAAGAAGUCAUCAGUUUCCCUUAUUCCCCUUUUUUAUAUAUUAAAUGAAUUCUGCGCACGACUCAAAAGAUUGGCAAAUGUCCCAAGCUAAUUUACAUCAUCCAAUAAUGGCUGAAAGUCCUGUAACUCACCAUCAACCUUCUCAAUAUUCAUCAAUGCCUUCAAUGGACCAUCACUAUUCUCAAACUUACUCUCAAGGCUCUAUGCAUCCUCCUGUACAUCAUCAACCUCCUCCCCCUCCUCCUCCAACAAGCUUUUUGCCUCAUGCAAAGUCUGAAUCUGAUCCACGAUUACCUAGCAUGAUGGCCCUUUCUCAACCCAGCACGCCUCGUCCUGGUCCUCAUUCUCCCACAGCAAAGAAACCACACCCCGCCUACGGCCCUUCCUCUUUCCAUCCUGCCCCAUAUGCUCAUCCUGUGCUUGCGCGUAAAAGAGGAAGAAGUGAACUUUUUUCUGCUGAACUUGGUCCCUUCUUUAGCUCUACAAAACCUUUUGAUAACUUGUAUGCUGCAGACAGAACCACAUUACUAACCGUUCGAAUUCAAGCAAAGAUGGAUCGGGGUUUCUUUUUAGCUGAUAAUGACUGGACUUGCUACCGCAGAAAUUAUUUCCAAGUCAGUGGCGCGUUUUCCAUUCAUGGAUUGAAUCAUUACUAUGCUGACCAAGACACACAAUGUUAUGUACAACAUGAUGGUCAAUUCCAUCCUGUCCUUCACUUUUCAAUGUGUAUCUCUGCUCGUGUAUCCAAUAGCGAUAAGAAGAUCGAACUUGUCCAGCACACACCUAAACGUGAUAAAGGUCCACAAACCACACCAUCCCCCAAACCUAUCAUGCCUGGCGGUAAUUUGAACAUGAGUUCAGUUGGAGCUAAUCAAAGCAUUGUUACAUUCGAACGUAUUCAAUUCAAGACAGCAACUGCUAACAACGGCAAGCGACGUGCUGCACAACAAUACUAUGUCUGUCUCGUUGACCUUUAUGCAGAGAUUGAUGGCAACCAGCGUGUGAAGGUGGCCUCUUGCCAAUCUGCUCCAUUGGUCGUUCGCGGCCGUAGCCCUGGUCAUUACUCUGACAACCAUGAACGAUAUGAAAACAGCAUGGUCAUGGCACCUCCUCCACCUCAAGACGACAGAUUUAGUGCACCUUUCCCUAGACCCCCUAUGACACCUCCUGCCGUCAUGGGCUCUGAAUAUGGCUCACCUUAUCCUUACUCGGCAUACCCCGGUUAUCCUCCUUUCAACCCUAUGAACGGUUCUCUUCCAUCUGGCAUGAUGAUGAACUCUACGCCACCUACACCCACUAGUGGACCUGGACCACAACAGGGGCCUUACAUGGUCCCAAGUAUGACCUCAGACCCUUCUUCGUCUGAAACAUCCUCCCCUGAUCUCUACCAGGGCGAAUUUAAUAAUGGAGCUCCACCUACUGGAUUACCAGAUGACAAUAAACUGCCACAACAACAGCAACAGCAACAACAGCAACCACCUCAAGGCAUGAUGCCUAUCGAUCAUGCUGACUGGGCCCGCGGACGCAUGAACUCAGCAGGUCACAUUCAAUCCCCAUAUGAACAGCAUAAUUCAUACUUUUCUCAACCUCCAUCAUCACAGUCCUACUCUAAUACUUCAGCUCCUUCAACACCUUAUGGCCCACCUAGAAAGUUUACUCACCAGCAGCAUGCGUCAUAGCUUGUAUAAAUACUUUCUGCAAAAUAACUUUCUACAUAUGGUCCCUUCAUACCUAUAAUUGUUUUCCUCCCUUUAUAUUGUAAGUUAUAUGUAAUUUUCAGCCCAUGCAACCUAAAAAAAAAGAACUUCCCCUCAUCCCCCUUUUUUAUUCUUCUUUAUAUUCAACCACGCUUUUUGUUUAUUUUAUUAUAUAUUGUUUUAUCUUGACAAUUCACCCUUCUUUUUUAUGUUUAUAAUUGAGCUUAUAUAUAAAUAUUAUACUUAAU